AUGUGGGUCGAACGAAUAUCGGUACUGUAUUGGAAAGAAAAGGUAGUUGGGAUGCACUCAGCUGAUAAAUUCCCGUGUUUUAUUGACCCAAUUGGCUCUGAGGGCAUAUCCAUUUACGGUUUACCCAGUGAUGAAUAUCCGGAGUUAGUCAAGAUAUGUUUGCACGCUGGUCCCGUGGUGGAUCCCCACAAGAGAGAAGAUGUUGAUGCCAGCUGGGUGCGAGAGAGAAUGAUGAAAUACAUCGCGAAAACGUUUCCAUGGUUAAACCCUGUACCUGCUAUAGAAGAAACCUGUAUUUAUACGAAUUCGCCAGAUACUCAUCUUUUCCUUGAUCGUCAUCCAAAAUAUGAAAAUAUUAUCAUAGCGGCCGGUUUCUCUGGUCAUGGAUUCAAGCUAGCACCAGUUGUAGGAAAAGUGUUAAGUGAUUUGGUUCUGGCAAAAACACCAGCGUUUGAUAUGGAUUGGUUUAAAAUAUCGAGAUUUGAUAAAGGAGCUGUGAGCUUUUCGUCCAAGUUAUAGAUAGAGAUAUAGAAUGAUAUAAUGAUUGGACAAGCCAGGUCUAAAAAUUCCUGAUUUAUUGAAUAAUAAUCAAUGUGAAAAGAUUCAAGAAAGAUCAAUCUAACGAAUUUUGAAUAAUAUGAUUAUCUUUUGAUUUAACGAAAAUCGAUCAAAGCAAAAUCAAAAAUUAUUUACUGGAGCACAUAAAAUGAUAAUACUCAGGGUGUCUUUAAGUAGGCUUAACUAUUGAAUAAUAAUAAAUAUGUCUAACUUAUCAACCCUCCACUUGACACAGAACAAUUUGAGAUCUAAAAAGAGAUUUUUGAAAUAUAUUAUGCAACUGUGUGUUGAAAAAUACCCUGGAUUAAACAACAAAUUUAAUGCUGAUAUUCAGUCUUUCUUAAAGGCUCAAUACCACUCUUGUUGUAACUGAAUAAUAAUAUGUCCCAAUCUAUAUUCUGGUCAACAAAUUGUACUAUUUUACAAUAUUCCAAUUAAUUGAUGAUACAAAUUUCAUCUUAACACACCUAAUUUAAAAAAUUGGAAAAAUUCAACUAAAUGAUUUGAAAAGCCUGACAUAAAGCUUUUCAAAUGUGACUUUAUUUAAAAAUAUUUUUUGAACCCUCUGGACAAGUAAAAUAGGAUUUAAUGGAUAAUUUACACAACAGGUAGGACACUUACACAUCUAGUACUUAGAAUAAGACUAUAUUUUAUUUUCUGGAGCUAUCAAGCCAGCAAGAGUGUUAUUGUCCCUUUAAAGCAAGUUUAACUUGAAUAAUAAAAAUGUCUGUACCUGGUGUCAGUGUUAACUAAGGCAUAGUUUCACAACCCUCAUCUGACACAUAGACACUUUGACGUCUUAGAAGCGACCUUUAUUCUAAGUCAAUUUUAAUUGAAAUAGCUUAUGCAACUAGUGUGUUGAAAAACACUAGGUACUAAAAAAACUCUUCUGCCAUUAUCAUCCCGGGUUCAAUAUUUUGAUGUAAAAAUAUUCCACACGAAACCCUCAAAUCUUGCGUUUUAUACAUGGGAAGGCCUCGCAUCAACGAGGUUACACUAUUUGGUACACUUUUCAGCUAGGUUGACCCCAGACGUGACCUCGCACAAUCAUAUAGAGUGGAGGUCAUUGAAAGUAUUAAAAACGAAACGAAAUUUAGGUGAGAUUGUCACAAAUAAUUAAUUUUGUUUGUCACAUGAUGUUGUUAUAAACACAUUAUAAUUAUUGAUACGAUUUUGUUAAUAUUUUUCGUCUUUAGUUUAUUUAAUGAAUAAAAUAUAUAAAACUA